CACACAGCCGUAGGCUACAGUUAACGUCCAGCUAUUUUAGGGGGGAAAUAUCUGUUUAUAUUGCGCAAUAAUUCACUUGAAACCUCGAAUGAGUCGGUGGAAACACGUAACCCAGUUUAAAGGUGCAUGAUGAACCUACUGCGCUGUAGCUGUCACAGCUAGUCAGGUGCCGCACCAUGGCCAAACCUGGGAGUGACAGAGAUGGAGCCAUGGUGGAUAAGCAGGCGGGAAAGAAGAGCAAAGACAAAUUGUCCCCUUUCACCAAAACUCCGAAGUUGGAUCGGAGUGAACUGCUGGGAAAGGAAGGGAAAGUCAAGUCUUCCAUGAAGCGCAAGCUCUCCUUCACUACCAGUCCGCCCCGGACAGAGGAGCGAGACUCAGACACUGAUAAAGAUGGACCAGACAAGAAGAAGGUGAAAAAGGAGGCUGGGGGCAAGAAGUCCCAGGCUCCCAACCUUUUGUUUGGGUAUCCUCUGUCAGAGCGCAAACAGAUGGCUCUCCUAAUGCAGAUGACUGCCAACAGUCCAGACUCGACUCCCAGUCACCCCUCACAAACGACCCCUGUGCAGAAAAAAGUCCCUAGCAGCGCCUCGUCUCGACAGAAGGACAAGGUCAACAAGAGGAACGAGCGAGGGGAGACUCCCCUUCACAUGGCAGCCAUCCGGGGAGACGCCAAGCAAGUUAAAGAGCUCAUUAGCUUGGGAGCUGAUGUCAAUGUCAAAGACUUUGCAGGUUGGACUCCCCUUCAUGAAGCCUGUAACCUUGGUUACUACGAUGUGGCCAAAGUUUUAAUAGCAGCGGGUGCUGAGGUGAACACGCAAGGUCUGGAUGACGACACGCCGCUCCACGAUGCGUCCAGUAGCGGGCAUAAAGAUAUUGUGAAACUACUACUACGCCACGGUGGUAACGCCUUCCAGGCCAACAAGCGUGGGGAGCGCCCAGUGGACGUGGCGGACUCUCAGGAGCUUGAACAGCUAUUAAAGGGAGAGGUGCCACUGUCGGACCAGGAUGACAGCUCUUCAGAGUCUGAAGACCCACCAUCUGUCAAUCCAUCCAGUGUGGACGACAACAUGGAAGACUCUGAUACUGAAAAGGAUUCUGAUGGCAAACCUGCCACAAAAUCGUCAUCGUCCGUGCCGGGGCUGGAUGAGUACGAGUUCAAGGACGAGGAAGAGGAGGAGGAUCUCAGUAAAGCCCUGAAUGACAGACACAUCCUCCGGAGGGAACUGCGACAGAGGGAGAAGGAGGAGAAAGAUAGGAAUCAUGUGGCUGGAAAGCAAAGUGGCAAGGGGGAUUCCUCCUCUAAAUCUAAAAAGCAAAAGACUCCUCGUGUCCACUGCAGCUCCGAUACCUCCAGUGAUGAAAUGGAGAGCCUUUCAGAGAAAAGAAACUCUCCCACCUGUUCCCAAAGCUCAGAGAGCCUCAAGGUAGACACGAGGUCUAAAAAGGACAAUGCUGAGCAAAAGGACAAGGACAAGGGCAAAGUUAAGAGGAAGAGUAAAAGCCAGAAUAAAAAUAAGGAAAACCAAGAGGACGGGAAAGAGAACAGCAAAACUUUAGUCCUCUCUCUGGCAACUGUGUCCGAGAGCACAGAUAAAGGUCGAGAGGAAGACUCCUUCAAGAUGUCUUUCAGUCCUAAAGAUGACUCGUCCGUCCAUCUCUUCCAUUUGUCAUCUAUCAAAUCUCCCAAACUGAACCACAGCCUGACAGACAAACAAACACCACUCAAACAGGAAAACACUAAGAUGUGUGUUUCCAUCAGUGACAGCUCAUGUCCGGUGGAUGGUGUGAAAUACAACCACUACACAGACGCUGACUACUGCACUGAAGGCUCCAGCACCAAGGGCUGUAAGCACAAGGAAAAGAGCAAACACCAACAGAAGGACUCCAGUGUAGAUGGAGACGAUGGCCAUUCAAGCCCUUGCAAAGAUGGCAAUGUUGGAAACAGUAUAGACAGCUCUGAAGGUGCCUUACGGAAGACCGAUUUAGACGGCAAAGUUGUAAAGAAGCAUAAACUUAAACAUAAGGAGAAAGACAAACACAGGAGGGAAUAUGAGGCAGAGCGGAGCCGCCACAGGCAGAAGGAGGCCAGGAAAGACAGCCACAGGAAUUUGGAGUUUGACAGAGAGUUCUGGAAAGAAAAUUUUUUCAAAAGUGAUGAGACAGAUGAAUCUCUGCCAGUGAAAAAGGAAAGUGAAGACAACAGCUCGGUUCAGAAGACCUCCGAUUCCUCUCCUGUCAAGGAUGAGAAAAACACAAAGGAGAAACACUCCAGCAGCAAGGAUAAAAGGCAGAGAGAGGAGCGAGAAAAAGACAAGGCCGUGAAAAAAGAGCGGAAGGAGGCUGCUGGUAAAGAGGAGAAGGUAAAGGAUUCGAAGCCAAGUGAGCGUGACGAGCGAGUGGACUGCCACGGCUCAGGGCGGAUUCCAGAGGAGCCGCUGCAGAGCAACAGCAUGAAAGAAGAGACAGAGGAGAAACCCAUAAGUGGGAUCACAGCUGAUCAAGAACAGCUGGAGCCCUCUGAGAAAGGCUCACGCGAGAAAUCUGACAAGAGGCUCCCAGGAAAAGAGAAGGAUUCUGAAAAAACAGAGAAAAGACAUCCUGACAAGGAAAAAAAGGUUAAAACGGAGCACUCUGACAAAGCAGAACCACAGAAUUCAGUGGAUCGUUGGAAGGAAAAAGAGAGAUCAGCCAUUUCUUCCCACUCGCCGGGAGAUAAAAACUACAAAGAGAAUGAAAAACUGAAAUCUUUAUCCACAACAAAAAAACAUGAAGACAGCAGGAAAAAUAAAGAUAAGCUAGACAAACGGUCCGACAGGGAGAGGCAGGACAGAGAUUAUAGUGCUGGAGAUCACAGAGAAAAGGAUCGCACUAACUCUGAUAAGAAAGGAAAACCUCUCGAGAAAACCACAGAUCAUAGUAAAUCUGAUCGCUCCAAAGAAAAGGACUGCGACAGGAAAAAGAGAGAUAAAAUAAAAGAUGGUGCUCUCUCCUCAAGUUCCAAUCUGAAAUUACUGUUAGAAGAGAAGAAGAGUUAUCUGUCCGAGAGCAGCAAGUCCUUAUCUACAAAAUCAAAGGAGGAAGUUGUAAGAACACCGGAGAAGGAGCGCGACCGGAGAGACCGGGACAGAGAUUCAGAUAGACACAAGGACAAGGAUAAAGACAGACACAAAGACCGCUCCCAACAGGCCAAGAUCAGCAAGGCCAAACCCAAUGAAGCGGAUGCAGAUAAGUCUAAAUCAAAGGCCUCCCCUGCAACACGAGACACCAAGCCCAAAGAAAAAAGGCUUGUGAAUGACGACUUAAUGCAGACCAGCUUUGAGCGCAUGCUCAGCCUGAAAGACCAGGAAAUCGAGCAGUGGCAUCGAAAACACCUCGAGAAAAUCAAACAGAAAGAGAGAGAAAGGCUUAAACAGCGACCUCUGGCGGACCCGGGGAAAUCCAAGCCGAAAGACCGAACAAAGGCUGAACCGUGCUUAAGCAAAGAGCUCAUGCGCUCUAAAAGCUCUGAAGCCUCUGAUGCCCACAGCAGAGAUAAACCCCUGAAGGAUGGCACCAGCCCCAGAACCAUGUCCCUGGAUGGAAAGAGUUUGCCCUCCAUCAGUGCAAAGGUCAUGUCAGCCGUGGAAAACUGUCUGACCAGAUCGCCCCGGCCUGAGAGCGAGCGCUGCGGCCUCAUGUCCAGGUCGGUGUCCUUGGUUUCUGUCGCUAGCUCUGAGGAUUCGUGUCAGGCCACAACAUUAACACCCAAACACGGUGAAUACGACUCUGACAUGAACCUGGAAGCGUCAGACUCGCAGCCUGCAUUCCUCCAGUCUUCCCUCGUCAUUCAGGCCACCCGAUCGCCGUCUGUGCACGAUAAAGAUUGCAACAGUCUUCCAGAUGUGCAGCAAACGAAUCGGACGCUGCUCUCUGGCAGGCAUGAAUCUCCUUACCUCAGGGCUAUCCUGGACGAGGACGCCAACUCAUCGACUGAAGGUAAACCUGUGGAAAAUCUGCCAAAACCCAACCUGACUACGACCACGGGAGAGGAGCCGAAAACAAGAGAGACCUCCGCAGAAGCAGAAGAGAGCCUCAGCGGUCAACAACACGUGAACUCAGUCGCUGAUUCAGUCACGGAGAGAGAGGGGAGCACCGCCGGCUGCUCGACACCUCAAAUGUUAAACAAAGAUCCUCCGAGUAAAAACCUCAUGCUUCCACAGUCCAGCCUCUCACAGUGUAGUGGUCCUCAGCCUGGGUCAACAGAGAUGAAACCUCUUCCCUCCUCUGAGCCUCCUGCUGUGAAGGACGUCCAGUGUCAGGAGAAUACAAAUUCAGAGACUGAAUCUCCCAACAAAGACUCCGAUCUGCUGUCGACACCUGCAGCUCCUCAAUCUGUUGAGCCGUCAGUGCUCACAAACACAAAAACCCUCCCGCAGAAGGAACCUCAGGUAUCCUCUGCUGUGGAGAGCUUGCAGCAGACAGAGUUGGGUACCGCGCAGGUUUCUGAACAUAAAGAAAACCUUGCGGAGAACGCUGAUGGAGUGGAAGAUGAAAGCAUGGAGACUAUGUCAGAAAGCCUCAGAACAGAAGAGAUGGAAAGUCCUGUACCGUCCACCAGUGCACACAUUCCCAGCUCCACUGCAGCAGAGUCCCUGCCAGGCUGUAGCAAACCAAGCGCCGAGUCCAAAUGUUCUCAAGAGGAGUUGGACGUAAACGAUUGCAAGAACUCAAAACCUGCCGAUGACACCGCCAGCCCGUGUUUCGAUGCUCAGGUUGAGAAAAGGGACAGUGAUUCCUGUGCGAGCCCUGAGCAUAAAGCUGAAGAGACGCCUGAGGUCCCCCAGAGUUCUGAGAACAGUAGCGCUGCUCCUGUUUCUGUUACAACAGAGUUUUCAUCAGCUGAAAGCAGCAUGGGUGCAGAGUCCUCCUCCGAAUAUAGAUCGGAGUCCUCCACAGAGCCGAUGGAGGUGACUCCUGCUGAAGAGAAACAGGAGUCAUCUUCAGGUGGAGAGGAGCCGACUCUAAGCUUCGUCCAGCCACCGCCACAGACCGACCUGAGCAGCAGCAGCGCCUCAGGGAGCUCCUCUCCACAGUCCGGAGACCAGGAGUCCGAUUCCUCGGGGGCCAAAAUCAAGGUCCGCUCCACAGACGAGGACAUGGACAUCCACGUGCCCCACCCGCGCAAAAGGAAGAUGCUGAAGGUGACGAGCUCCCAGGCGUGCUCCGCCACCCAGCAGGAGAAGGAGCGAGGUCAACAGUCUCUAGCAGCUAUAGUGGACUCUAUAAAGCUGGAGGAGAUCGAGCCGUACCAGACGGAGAGGGCGAACCCGUACUACGAGUUCCUGCACAUCAGGAAGAAGAUCGAGGAGAAGCGCAAAGUGUUGUGCAGCGUCACACCCCAGCCGCCGCAGUAUUACGACGAAUACGUGACGUUUAACGGAUCCUACCUGUUGGACGGGAACCCGCUCAGCAAACUCUGUAUUCCAACAAUAACUCCACCUCCGUCGUUACCCGAGCAGCUGAAGGAGAUGUUCAAGCAACAAGAGGUCGUCCGCAUGAAACUACGACUACAACACAGCAUUGAAAGGGAAAAGCUGAUUGUUUCAAAUGAGCAGGAAGUCUUACGAGUACAUUAUCGGGCGGCAAGAACACUAGCCAAUCAGACUCUGCCUUUCAGUGCCUGUACAGUUUUAUUGGAUGCUGAGGUGUACAACAUGCCGCAAGACGUCCAAAAUGAUGACGGCAAAACGUCGGUGAGAGACCGAUUCAACGCCAGACAGUUCAUGUCCUGGUUACAGGACGUCGAUGACAAGUUUGACAAACUGAAGACUUGCCUUCUGAUGAGGCAGCAGCACGAGGCUGCAGCUCUGAACGCCGUGCAGCGACUGGAGUGGCAGCUCAAACUGCAGGAGCUGGACCCGGCCACUUACAAGUCCACCAGCAUCUUCGAGAUCCCCGAGUUCUACAUCCCGCUCGUGGAGGUCAACGACGACUUUGACCUCACCCCUAUAUGAGCUGUGGGACAGACACCGCUUUGCCACAGCGGCGGCCUGAAAAAAAAAAUAAGGAGAAAAAAAAAACCAGACGCGAGGAAGCAGCCCGCACAUUCGAGGAAAAAGUGAAGAAAAAUGUGAAGCACUUAGAAUGUGGCGGCGAUACGAGAAGAGAGCACUUAGGAAUGAGAUGGUUUAACUCAAGAGCUCAGUCCAAACAGGCGCGCCCUCCACGAGGACUGUCUGUGUACUCAGACCUGUGGGUGGGGGGGGUGGGAGGUCGAGGAGGAGAGAAAAAAAGAAAAAGGGGGUCCAGGCCACAAAUGGAGGCCAGGAAGCGGAGACCAAAAGUUGGGUCGGGCAGUGCAGGAAGCUGAGGACGACACACCACCUGCUACUGCUCCUCAUCAAGCAGGGUCACACAACUGAAAGAUUUCAAUUGUUUUCAAAGUGCGUGUUCAUACAUUGUGUACAGACUGUGCUCUUAAUUUUUUUAACUUAUUUUAUACAUAAAAAAAAUUGUGCAUUUGUAAAUAGCCAUGUAAUUAUUGUUUUAAACUUGUAAAAACAAAAAAUAAUAGAUAUUUUGAUUGUAAACUUGUUCUGUCUCAUGUUUUAAUGGACCAAAGUUGGUUUUUAUAUCGAGUGUCCUCUUCUUCGUCCGUGAUGUUCUCGUUGUUGUUGGCUUAAAAAAUCUUUAAGCAUGUGUUUCGCUUUCGUUGUGUUUUUUUUUUCUUUUUUUUUUUCUUGUUUUUGUUUUUACUGUUUUUCUUCCUUCCUCAUCUGGAGUUCCACGCCACAGCUGGUGUUUUUUGACUUUUGGCAAUUAAAUGCUGUGCAUGCGUUGCGUUGUUUGUACUUUUUUCCUAAAAAAAAAAAGCUGUACUGUGGACUUAAUUGUGAGGUUUACUGAAGUGUUCCAGCUAUUUUUUGUGUUCUGUCCUUAUCGCGGCCUCACUCCUCAU